GCUAAACGUUUGCAUGGUGUUUCUGCUCCAGUUACGUGCGACCCACAGACUGGUGCGACCCCUAUCUGCCAUAGCUCGACACUCCCCAUGGAGGAGAGGAGAAGAAGAAGAUGCUGUCACCCCUCGUCACCAUAGACAGUAUAUGUCACCGACCUAAGUAUUUUGACAGUUGCGUGAACAUGCAGUCAUUUUGAAACGUCCCUGUGUAACGUAUCCACAGCUAUCGUUGCGCUCUGUUUGGGUCGUUCAGGAUGACGAUGGCGUCCCAGUGCACGGAGCAAGCCGUGCAGGAGUUCCUGAUGGAGAGAGGAGGGAGGGUCCAACAGAUGGAGCUGAUCGAUCAUUUCCUAUCAGUUUCGGGGCAAAAUGACCAGUCAAAGGAAGGGGUGGAUCGCGAGGCGCUAAAAUGCAUCGUGGACAACGUGGGUUUUGUAAAGGUGGAAAACGGCGUGCAAUUUGUUUGUUUAAACGCUGAAGGCAGCGCGGAGUCGGUGAUGCGUACGGACACAUGCGGCCACGAUCAUGUGGAGUGCAACGGUAAUAUCCAGGAGAUACUGGACAACAACUAUGUAAACGGCAACCCUGACAACGGAGACCAAACAGGAGCAUCCAGCUUUUUGGCUGCCAGCAUGGACAAUGACACACCAUCGAAUGGCAAUGAGCAACCUGCAGCCUCCUUCCAGAAUAAUAAGACCAGUACAGCGACUCCUACCUCUGGUGGAGGAGGGGAGGUGAAGCUGAGGGAGAGGAGAAGGCGGGAGUCGGCCCCAGUCAUUGGGAUGGCAGAUCUGAACCAGGCUCACCCUGCAGGGUCCCACAACCAGCAGGUGAGAGGGGCCCGCAGGGUGUCCAAAGGGUCCCAGCGGGCCUUGCUGACCAGCUGUCUAUCUGAAGACAGCGCAUUUGAAGGACUGGAACCUCUUGGAGAUAUCAACACACCCAAGGGAAGUCGCAGGAACUUCAUAGAGCUGAUGAUGAGUAGUUCUCCUCAGGUUCGGAGGUCUCUGAUCAACCGUGGUUCACGCCUCUGGGACUCAGUGAGGAGCGAUGGAGAUUCGGCAUCGCUCCUCUCGUCAGCCACUGAUGAGGACUGUGCCUCAGUGACCCUGGACCCGCUGGAACAUGAGUGGAUGCUGUGCGCCUCAGAUGGCCUGUGGGAAAGCUUGCAGCCCUUGCUCGCUGUGGAACCUAGCCUGGUAGCCAAGAGAGACUUUGUGACUGGCUUUACCUGCCUCCACUGGGCGGCUAAGCAAGGCAAAGCUGAGCUGCUCUCCCAGCUGCUGGCCUUCGCCAAGGAGAACACUAUACCUGUGAAUGUAAAUGUGAGAUCAAGUGCUGGAUACACACCGCUACACCUGGCAGCUAUGCAUGGACACACACAGGUGGUCCGUGUGCUGCUGUCUGACUGGGAGGCAGACCCUGAGGCUCGAGACUACAGCGGGAGGCGAGCCAUCCAGUACCUGUCGCCACCGCUGGCUGCUGACCUGCAGGAGGAGGGAGUGGUCACCUCACCCGGUCCUGAGACAGACAACGAAAACACAAACAGCGGCAGUAGCGGAGGGCGCGUCUGGCGAUUUCCCAGAGUCCUCCAGGGCAAUCUGAACCCACUGCGACUCCUGAACCCACCCGCUGAGGCAGCAGAGGACGGAGUCGUGACCGGGAGGACCAAGGGGGGCUUGCAGAGGAAGUCGUCUCUGAGCCGGCUGAACGCCCGGCUGCACCGAGGACGCCACCGAGCCCAGAUCAUCCACAGCGCCUCCUUUAGGGACGCGGGCGAGGUGGGAAGAGGAGAGGAGCUCCCCAUGAGCCCUCUCCGAACCCGACCGCUGUCCAACCUGUUUGGAUAAAGUAACACAACUCUGAGGUAUAAACCAUGUUUUGAUUUACAAAAUGCAGUUUACUUGCCUUUAAUAAGCUGACAGGUCAGACAUUUUUAUGACCAAAAUUAAUAGCACACAAUCUAAUAUAUAGUGUCACACUGAUUUUGAGGUUUUAUUAUUAUAGGAUUUGAUAACCACAAAUUUUCUCUAAAAGUUUCUCUAAAAAUCAAAUUUAUUUUUGUUCCAAUUGCAGUUAUUAGGCUUAUCACUGAAGGCAGGUCACAGUUCAUGUAGCAUAUUAUUUGCUACAACACUUCAUUGAGUUAAAACUGAACUACUGCUCUGUGAAUUGAUUUUGAACUUGUUUUUUGUUUUAGUGGGUUUUUCUAUAAUGUUCUUAGGCUCUGUUUUUAGAGCAGGUAGCAAACAUUACACAAGUUUUUUUUAUUUUUUUAUUUGAUACUCUACGCUAAAACAAUGGUCACACAAACGCAAAAACAGGCUGGAUUUUUGUCAGGUUUUCACUUUAGAUUUGACUCACAGUGGUGAGGGAUUUGAGAACAGCACUUAGGUUUGAUUCCACACAGUUCUCCAAAAUCUUGUUUUUAUUUUGCAGAGUAAAGUAAUAUAUUCAUAGAACUAAUUUUAUAUAUUUCAACCUCCUUUUACUGGGUGGUGCUGUUUUUUAAAAAUACAUUUCUGUAAUGUGAAUUAUUAUUUUUCAGUACCAGAUUUUUAGUAUUCAAAGAUUCUUGUAUGUACAACCACGUACAGUUAUGUCAUGUUUGCACUUGUCACUUUGAAGAUAGUUUGAUUAUGGGAGGAAACUGCUCCUACUAAAACCAUGACAGCUGUUAUUGGUCCCAUGUCAUACAUAGACAGUAAGUUCAUAUUGUAUACACAACAUAAGAAGGUGAUCAAAUUGUUACACAUUUUAGAUGCUUAAAUGCACCGUCUUUAUAAUGGCGUUUUUCCAUUACAUGGUACCUGCUCUACUCGCCUCGACUCGACGCACUAUGCAUCCGUUUUCCAUUGCAGAUUUUAGUACCGCCUCAGCGUGGCUAGUCAUCAUAGUGGCGCCGCAGUAAACUGCCGUGACCUAACGUGACACACACACAGAACGUCGAAGGUGUGUUGUUGUUGCCACAGCCAGAAGACACAUUUUGUUUCAAAUGAAGCUGGAGGCAGCAAAAA